CGGCCAGCGGCGGGGGGGAGGGAGAGAAGGCGCUGCACUGCGGAAGAGCAGGACCGGAGAGGAAGAGGGGUCGCCCGAUCCCUCGGCCCCCAGGUUUGUCGUCUGUUUACACUCACCAAGAUGGCUUCUUCUUCCUCCUGCAAUGUGGAAGAUGACGAGAGCCUGAAGGGAUGCGAACUCUAUGUUCAGAAGCACAACAUCCAGCAAAUUCUGAAAGAGUGCAUUGUGAACCUCUGCAUUGCCAAACCGGAUCGGCCAAUGAAGUUCUUGCGGGAGCACUUUGAGAAACUGGAAAAGGAAGAAUGCAAACAGAUCCUGGCCUGGCAAAAAUCCAAUUCGCAGUCAGAUUCCCAUGAUGAUGAGAUUUCUCCGCCGCCUCCAAAUCCAGUGGUCAAGGCCCGGCACAGAAGGGGAGGCGUCAGUGCUGAGGUGUACACCGAGGAAGACGCUGUUUCUUACGUCAGGAAGGUGAUUCCCAAGGACUAUAAGACCAUGACGGCUCUGGCUAAAGCCAUCUCCAAGAAUGUGCUCUUUGCCCACCUGGAUGACAAUGAGAGAAGUGACAUCUUUGAUGCCAUGUUCCCGGUUACGCACAUAGCUGGGGAAACUGUCAUCCAACAGGGAGAUGAAGGGGACAAUUUUUAUGUGAUCGAUCAAGGAGAAGUAGAUGUGUACGUGAAUGGAGAAUGGGUCACGAGCAUCGGAGAAGGAGGCAGCUUCGGAGAGCUCGCCCUGAUCUAUGGGACGCCAAGAGCCGCUACGGUCAAAGCCAAGACGGACCUCAAGCUUUGGGGCAUUGACAGAGAUAGCUACAGACGCAUUUUAAUGGGGAGCACACUGAGAAAGCGGAAGAUGUAUGAAGAAUUCCUCAGCAAGGUUUCCAUUUUGGGAUCGCUGGAUAAGUGGGAGCGACUGACGGUGGCCGAUGCACUCGAACCUGUCCAGUUUGAAGAUGGAGAGAAGAUCGUUGUCCAGGGACAGCCGGGGGACGACUUCUUCAUCAUCACAGAGGGCACCGCCUCUGUGCUUCAGCGCAGGUCUGAUAAGGAAGAGUAUGUGGAAGUUGGGCGGCUUGGGCCAUCGGAUUAUUUCGGGGAGAUCGCCCUGUUGCUCAACAGGCCUCGGGCCGCCACCGUGGUGGCCCGCGGGCCCCUGAAGUGUGUCAAGCUGGACCGCCCUCGCUUUGAACGAGUCCUCGGCCCUUGCUCAGAAAUCCUCAAGAGGAACAUCCAGAGAUACAACAGUUUCAUCUCCCUGACUGUUUAAGCGAUUCCCGUCACUGCCUUUUAUGUUAAAACCUGUGCACUUAAAAUCCAACCCGUGACGUUCCAUAGUGUGCAAAGAGAACAACCGAUGCGCCCAUUUUUAUGUAUGGUUUUCCUUCCCGCGUUCAUGUCAGGUGCACGCCGUAUCGAGUUGUUGUUUGUCGUUAAAAGGGUCGUGAGUGGAGAUUUGGAGCAGAGCAGCUGUAGGGAACCGUUUGGAGUCUUUUGUGCAAAUGACAUUCCGGAUUGUCUUUAUCAGUGAGUCGUUGUGAUGUUUAAUAAUAUUAUUUUAAACAUUUAAAAGCCAGGCUAAUUUAACGGAGGUUUGCUGGAAAGUCAUUUGCCCAUGUUUCCUGAAAACAAAUACUGAGCAACUUGGAUAGGCGUGCUUAAACCGGCCUGUCAGAGAGUUGUGGAGCAGAAGGGCACCUCAGAGACCAUCUAGUCCAACCGUCCCUAUUCAGUGCCGGCUCUGUAUUGCAGGAUUCAGCUGCAGUGUCGUGACAGGCAGUCAUCCUGCCUCCAUUUAAGUACAUCCAGUAAAGGAGAACCCACCAUCUCGCAAGAACAUCUUCUCCACUGCGGAAGAGCUCUUACGCAUGGGUCAUUUUUCUUCCUGGUUAGCUAAAAUCUAUUUCCCUGCAAUUUCCACUCCUUGCCUCUAGUCCUGGCCUGUGGUGUGACCGAGAACCCACCUUCUGCAUGACAGCCUGUUAGAUAUUUGAAGGCUGCUGUUCCAUCUCCCCUUAAUCUUCUUCUUCUCCAGGCUAAGCUUACCCGCCUCUUCAAGCAUUCCUGAUCAGUCAAACCGUCCAGAGCCCUCAUGCCCUGGCUCCUCUUCUCUAGACACGUGCCAGCUUGUCCCCUUUUAUGGGACUGGAGGCUUCCAAGGCCUUGCAUGUCACAGAAGGACAAUCUAACAUGAAAGCGGGAUUCUAGUAAUCAGUGGAGCCGGAUGGUGGCAAGGAGUGGCUUGCCCACAAAUCCUUUGGAAGUCACCUAACCCUUACCUCUGCCUGGCUGGGGGUGAUAUUCAACGCAGAGAGCUGAGCCAACGUGGGCUUCUCCCUUGGACCGCAUCUGCCUGCAAAGUGCCCAUCAGCGUGGAAAGACUCAGGCGGGUCUGUGAAGGCUCCUUUUGGGGCACCCUGCCUGCUUAGGGCGGCUGGAACGCAGUCACCCUGGAGGGCAGGGAAAUAGAUUUCUUGGGCUGCAGCUGGCUUGGAAAUCCAGCACCGGGGCUGCGUGUGUGACCAUGGCCAGAAGGAAAUAUUCUGCCAUUGAAGAAAGCACAGCUUCUUAUUGUCGUGGCUUUGUUCAGCAGAGGAAGGAAGGCAUUUUGAGGGAGAUAGAACUGGCUCACCUAGGCCGAGACUGCUUAAGCCCAACUAGAGGCAGCUGGUAGCAACUGCCUUCCCCCAGUGUGUCAGUGGUGCAGCUAGAUCAUUUUAAGACCAGAACAUCAUGUUCUUAUGGGGGACCCCUUUCGAAUCCAUGCGUAUGACUCUAGUUGCUAACUAAAGCCAGUGGGUCAGGUGCUGGCAUGGGGGACACUUGCCAAGGGUCGCUCUCCAGGAGCACCCCACUGAUGGUCCUGUGCCACUGACGAUCACCCGCCGGUUCUGUGCCUCUCCUUCCCCACUGCAACCUGAUGCUUGGAACAACGACAAAGCUUCUCAUGGAUUCCUCGGCUACUAGCUGAUGUGAAUCCUACUUUGAGUAGACCCACUGAAAGAAAUGGCACUUAGUCAUUUACUUCAAUGGGUCUAGUCUAAGUCACACCGACAUUGGUUAGCACCCAGAACUUCACAAAAUGUGACGGUUUUGAAAGAACUGGUUCCUGUUUUUCACACUUGCAAAAUUUGCAAAAGUGAGACUUUUUGCUGGCGCCUGGUCCCUUUUGCAGCCCGAUCAUGGAUGCACUAACCAUUUGCAUCAUGUUCCAGUUCAAAUCUGAUGCUUAACAAGAAGGAAAUUGGUUGGA